AUGGCGUCCUCAUACCAGUAUCGCAACUCAUACCACAGCCCCUCCCAAAACAUCAGCGAAAAGUACGACGACGGCCUGGGACGCCCGGCCACAUCCCGCCGCAACACCCGCCUUAGGAGCAGCGACGGCACCGUCAGCACCACCAUGAGCUCUUCCACAGGCCGCGAGAGCGCCGCCACCCACGUCACCGAAGGCCCUGCCUACUCCAAGAAGAUUGUCGUUGUCGGCGACGGUGGUUGCGGCAAGACAUGUCUUCUCAUCAGCUACAGCCAAGGCUAUUUCCCAGAGAAAUAUGUCCCUACCGUAUUCGAGAACUACAUCACGUACCCGACACACCCGCCGUCUGGUAAGACCGUAGAGUUGGCGCUGUGGGAUACGGCCGGCCAGGAGGAGUACGACCGAUUGCGACCGCUCUCGUACCCCGAGACCGACCUGAUUUUUGUCUGUUUUGCGAUUGAUUGCCCCAACUCGCUAGAAAACGUCAUGGACAAGUGGUAUCCCGAAGUCCUACACUUCUGUCCUUACACCCCUCUCGUUCUUGUUGGCCUUAAAUCCGACCUCCGCUUCAAGAAGACGUGCAUCGACAUGCUCAAGACACAAGGCCUCACACCCGUCACUCAGGAGCAAGGUCGGGCCGUGGCGCGAAAGAUGGGCGCCCAGUACGUGGAGUGCAGCAGCAAGGAGAUGACGGGCGUCGACGAGAUCUUUGAACAAGCCAUCCUGACUGUCGUGGCUAACGACCGGAAAAACAUGGAGGCUCAAGCCGCCGUCCCUUCAUCAUCCGGCGGCCCACCAGGAAGCAGCGCAGGCUUCCAUGGCAUCGCUCUUAAGAAGAAGAAGAAGAGGAAUUGCAAGAUCCUUUGA